AUCUCUUAUAUCAAUAUUUUGAAAGAAGUCCUAUCAAGUAGACGUUCAAAUAUAUUUGAAUUAUUAGAGGCAUUAUCAAAACAUGAUAUUUUUGAAAAAUUUGAAGCCUUUGCUGAUUCUGAUAUAGCAAA